ACCAUGGAAGACAACUCUAGCAAAUUAUUGGAGGUUCAAACCAUGGAAGACUAACUUCCUACCUGCACCAUUUACUUUCAAAUCUAGCGGGUGUUUUUGAAGAGAACCCACUUCAUCUCAUUCCACGCUCCCAUGUCUAAAACCCUUCUCUCUCGCAUCAAACCCCUUCACAACCCCAAACCCACUUCGUCUUCUUCUUCACCCUUUCUCUUCAGGCCCUCUAUCAAACUACUCCAAGACACCAUCCGAAUCCUCGAAACCCAUGACCAAUGGGACCAGUCCCUCGAAACCCACUUCUCCGAAUCCCAAGUCCUUGUUUCGGACAUUGCCCAUCACGUUUUAGACCGAAUACACGAUGUAGAAUUGGGUUUGAAGUUCUUCGAUUGGGCCUCAAAGCGGCCGUAUGGUUGUUCGCUUGAUGGGUCUGCGUAUUCUUCGCUUUUGAAGCUUUUGGCGAGGUUUAAAAUUUUUUCGGAGAUUGAAUUGGUGUUGAAGAGUAUGAAACUCGAAGAACUAAAGCCGACCCGUGAAGCAUUGAGCGCUUUAAUUCACGCCUAUGCGGAUUCUGGGUCGGUAGGUAAGGCACUUGAAUUUUAUAAUAUGGUAGGUGAAAUGCAUAAUUGCGUUCCGGGUGUUUUCGCGUGUAAUUCUUUGCUUAGUGUCCUUGUGAAGCAUCGGCGAACUGAAAUCGCUUGCCGGGUGUAUGAUGAAAUGCUUGAGAAUUCCUGUGUAGAUGAUUAUAGUACUUGCAUUAUGGUUGGGAGUUUGUGUAAGGAAGGGAAGGUCAAGGAAGGUUGGAAGUUGAUUGAAGAUAGGUGGGGGGAGGGUUGCGUGCCAAAUGUUGUGUUUUAUAAUACGCUCAUUGAUGGGUAUUGCAAGAGAGGUGAUGUUGAAAGUGCCAAUGGGCUUUUUAAGGAGUUGAAAUUGAAAGGGUUCUUGCCUACAUUGGAGACUUACGGGGCCAUGAUAAAUGGAUUUUGCAAGGGAGGGAAAUUUGAAGUGAUUGAUCGACUUUUGGUAGAAAUGAAAGAGAGGGGUUUGAAUGUCAGUGUUCAAGUAUAUAAUACUAUAAUUGAUGCUCAGUAUAAGCAUGGUUGUGCAGUUGGAGUGGUGGAGACGAUUAGAAGGAUGAUUGAGAGUGGUUGUGAGCCGGAUAUUAUAACCUAUAAUACUUUGAUUAAUGGUUCAUGCAGGGAGGGGAAGGUUAAGGAAGCUGAUAAAUUUCUGGAGGAGGCAAGGAAAAGGGGACUAAUGCCAAACAAGUUUAGUUAUACUCCUCUUAUACAUGCUUAUUGCAGACAAGGGGAAUACUUCAGGGCCUCAGAUUUGCUUAUAAAGAUGAUGGAAGGAGGGCACAAACCUGAUUUGGUUUCUUAUGGAGCUCUCAUCCAUGGACUCAUUGUUGCAGGGGAAGUUGAUGUUGCAUUAACAAUGCGAGACAAAAUGAUGGAAAGGGGAGUAUUACCUGAUGCUGGCAUUUACAAUGUCUUGAUGAGUGGACUCUGCAAGAAAGGCAGGCUUCCUGCUGCCAAGCUGCUGCUUGCUGAGAUGCUUGACCAAAAUUUGCAACCUGAUGGAUUCGUUUAUGCCACUUUGGUGGACGGGUUCAUCAGAAAUGAUGAAAUUGAGGAGGCAAAGAAACUCUUUGAGUUCGCCAUUGAAAAGGAUAUAGACCCUGGUGUUGUGGGGUACAAUGCCAUGAUUAAAGGUUUCUGCAAAUUUGGAAUGAUGAAGGAUGCAUUGUCAUGUAUCCUUAGAAUGAGGAAAGGGGGUCAUGCUCCAGAUGUCUAUACCUAUACCACACUUAUUGAUGGGUACGUAAAGCAGCAUGACUUGGAUGGUGCACUGAAGAUAUUUGGGCUGAUGGUGAAAGAGAGGUGCAAGCCAAAUGUGGUCACAUACACCUCCCUCAUAAAUGGGUUUUGCAUCAAGGGAGAUUUCGAUAGAGCUGAAGAAACUUUCAGAGAGAUGCAAUCUUGUGGUUUGGAGCCUAAUGUUGUCACAUACAGUAUAUUUAUUGGGAGCUUUUGUAAAGCGUGUAAACUUGCAAAAGCGGCCUCCUUUUUUGAGCUGAUGCUGCUGAGCAAGUGCAUUCCUAAUGAUGUUAUCUUUCAUUAUCUUGUAAAUGGGUUUGCAAAUACUGCACUCAGUGCAGUUUCUAAGGAAAGCAAUAGGGUUCAGGAGAAUGAGAAGUCUAUGUUUCUGGAUUUUUUUGGAAAGAUGACAUCAGAUGGAUGGGUGCAAAUAACUGCAGUAUAUAAUUCUAUUAUCAUUUGCCUUUGCCAACAUGGGAUGGUUAAAACUGCUUUGCAGUUGCAUGAUAAGAUGAUCAGUAAGGGGUUCCUUCUAGAUUCUGUUUCUUUUGCUGCCCUGCUACAUGGUAUUUGCUUGGAAGGAAGAUCAAAUGAAUGGAAUGACAUUAUCUCCUGUAAUUUGAAUGAAAAUGAGCUCCAAACUGCUGCCAAUUACUUGGACAAAUUAAACCAAUACCUACCCCAAGGAAGGGCUUCUGAGGCUUCACAUAUCAUACAGGCCUUGAUUGAGGACUACAAGUCUAAUGACUCACAAGAGGAAGUUCCAAAGCCUUGAUGAUGUAGGGAAGUGGUAAAAUUUGAAAUACCUCAUCUCCGUCUUUUAAACAUACAAGGAAAUCACCUUUGGUUUGGCCUGACAAGUGUGUUGGACUACACACCUUCUGGACAUCUGAUUGAUGAACCUAUUGUAAAUAGAUGCCCUUGACGAUCCAUCUAAAUUGACAAGACUGUAUUCUAAAAUCUUGACAGUGCAGGCAGUUUGGAGCUAUUCAAGGACUUGUAAAUCAUAUACUUGUAUUUUACUUGUCUUGUUCUAUCGAGGCAGUAACCUUAAUGUAUCAAAGCAAAUCUUUAUGUUAACAAGAUAUUGAAGCAAGCUUGACUUCACUUUGGAGUUAAAGAAGGUGGUUUGACGGCCGGUGCGCACGAAGAUGUAGAAGAAUAUGGAACAUAAAUUUUAAGAAAGUAACGAAGGCUUACCUUUGGUGGGUUAAACAAAUGGGAUGGGAGGUCUUUUACACACGAAGAUGUAGAAGAAUAUGGAACAGAAAUUUUAAGAAAGUAACGAAGGCUUACCUUUGGUGGGUUAAACAAAUGGGAUGGGAGGUCUUUUACACACGAAGAUGUAGAAGAAUAUGGAACAGAAAUUUUAAGAAAGUAACGAAGGCUUACCUUUGGUGGGUUAAACAAAUGGGAUGGGAGGUCUUUUACAGUGCACUGUUGAUGUUCAAGAAUGGAGAAGGAUCAUGAAGGAACCAGAUGAAGAAUCAAAUUCCAAAUCUAAAAGCCACACAAUUUUUUCCUGCUCGUGAAUUGAGUUAUGAUCAUUUAUCUUUUAAUCUGAAGCAAUGCUUUGAAUACAGAAGGCUUAUGUAUUUGAUAAUAGUGAACUGAUCAACUUAGGGAUGGCAGAAGCCUUUAUUGAGCCUAAUGAGAACAAGAGGACAGAAGCUAUAGGAAGCAGAUACUUAGAUGAUUUGCUAAAGAGUCAUGGACUUACACUUGUAUCUUUUCCACCUAUGAAACAUAUGCUAUUUUAUGGUUGGGCUACCUUUAAAUGUUGAACUCGAGAUGGACCUCGAGGUAAAUGCGGCUAUUUGGCAUAAUGAUAUCGAUUCGUUUGAUGUU